UUAACAGGUGUCAGGAGAGAAGGAAUAUCUCCACACAGGGAGUGUGAGCGUGUUUAGGAGGAGGUGGUGUGUCCAAGGCUCUCCAGACAGACUUUCACGAUCUGAGGUUCAAGUUUUAUUUCGCUCAAGACACGUGUACAAUUGACUGACUACAGAAGAAUUUUGAUUACGGUGACUGGUUUCAGCAGGUAGAGACGGAUACUAUACAUUUCACACAAUGAAUAUGCCCUUAUUUUACGUCACAUUGCUGCUGACUAUACUCGUCAGCAUGUCGGAAGCCGAUCGUCAGCCCAUACCGGAUGCUGACACCGACGAAGACGAAGACGCCGACACCGUCAUUACAGUACCGACCCCGUUCCCCGGUACAAGCACUGUCAAGGUACCCAAAACAACGGAAAAGGGGACACGGAGACUGAAGCUGACUUUCCCUUCAACGCCUAACCGUCUAUGCCCAGGAGUACCACUGACGCAAAGAAUCGUAGAAUUACGAAAUGUCACAGUGGGAAACACCACCAUCACAAUGGAGCCUGCUGCGAUCAACGGAGAAAUCACAGCCUUCCCCAGUGAAAUAUGCGCAUGGAGGAUUCAGAAACACUAUGGAGACAGCGUCAACAUUAAAGGCAUUGGUAUCUAUGAAAAAUGGCAGGACUCCCAGAAGUGUAUCAACAAGGCUAACGAGGACAUGACCUGCGUGGAACAACUGCGAGAGGUACCUUGGCUCUUUCAGUGCCUGGGCGGCAAGUGCCCGGAAGGUUACACCGGACCGGCCCUGAUGAUGCUGAAAGUGCCCAUCCCCAUCGCCUGCUUCUGUCAGCUGCUACCAAAGUAAAAAAGGGAGGAAAUUACGUCCAUUUAUUUGGUUACUUAGAAAUAAAGGAAUAAACGUACGCUGCACAGGACUGAGGUGAUCUCGACUUGCGUGAAGUUAUUUCAACGUCUUCAUUUUGACAGUGAAAUAUUUCACCAGACAAAUUCGAUAUGUCCGCCUCUUCGCAAUACAGAAAGUCGCCGAAGUUAUUAAUGCACCAUCGCGUUCAGAAGACAAAAUGAGACAAACGAUGUUUGGAUUCUGAAUAUCAUUAUUAUGUAUUACCAUAGCAACACACGAUACGUAA